CAAAGCACGCAAACCUGAUAAGCUAGGAGGCGAGGUGACGCCACCUGGGAAGAUUUUUCAGCUUGCUGAUACUCACAUAGUGAUCUAGGAAGUUCUAUCACUGUCGAGACUUCGUUUGUCUGUGACUUUUACCACAACAGUUGGUUCACGUUUCUACGUUUUUUAACUGAAACAUCCAAGCAACAUCAUGUCUUACGCCCCGGGACAGCCGGUGACUGCUGUUGUGGAACGAAUUGAGAUCGUGAAGUUGCGACAGGAAGAUAAUCUGAUUCUUGGCUUCAGUAUUGGGGGUGGCAUAGACCAGGAUCCUGGACAGAACCCCUUCUCGGAAGACAAGACUGACAAAGGCAUCUACGUGACCAGAAUAACACCGCGCGGACCGGCAGACGAGGCAGGCUUGAGGAUGGGAGACAAAAUAAUGCAGGUAAACGGCUGGGAUAUGACCAUGGUGACCCAUGACCAGGCCCGUAAAAAACUAACAAAGAAGAACGAGCAGGUGGUGCGACUACUGGUAACCAGAAAGUCAUUGGAGGACACUAUCAAACAAUCUAUGGGCAGUUGUCCAAGAUAGUAACAUAGCGCCACUACGUGUAACCGGCGAUGCAAUAGCCAAGGACUGAACACUCUCAAAUACUGAAACUCUCAAAUUCUCAAAUGUUGUCCUUUAUAACUAUGAGAACACAAGAAUAUUACACAGAUCGUUUAAUAUUAAGGUGACCUGUCCAGAAGCCUGACUCUGCACAAAUCAGUUCUUGGUAAUUCUUGUCAUUUAUUGCACAGUGAGACAGUGCUCUUUGUCCAUUCACACUCAAACACUUUUCAGAGUUUAUCUGCUUUACUUUGAGAAACCUGAGCAGCAUAUUCACCUCCACCCUCUGAAAUAUGCAUCAUUCCAAAGCAUUCAUCUCCGGAGGGCUCAAAAUAAAUUACAUCUGAAUCUGUUCUCGAAUUUAAUGACGACUUCACUGUGAGAAAAUGAUAAAAAUUUGAGUCUAGUAUUCCAAAACUCACAUUAUCAGUUUUAAUACCACGAAAAAUGCUGCUGUAUGAAAAGUUAAGGAUUAUGGAAAAUAGAGUUUAUGCAGAUUUUCACAAUAAUUACUGUUAUAUUUUUGAACAACAACUGACUGAAAUGAGCUUCUGGAGGAUCUUUCAUAAAGUGGUGCUUGCAUAUGUGCUUUAUGUCACAUUUAAAUAGUACAGCAUUGUUGGUUGAUUCCAUAUUAGGAGAUAUUAAGUGUCCUCAAUCCAGGCCUGAUAGUAAUCGCUCAUAAUAAGAAUUUUUUUUAGGAGCAAUUGUGAACUUUCUUUAACACAUUUCAUCCUUUUUGCCUCAAGAAUGUUUAAGUGUAUCAGUAAUGAUCAGCUUUUCAUCUCAGUGUAAUAAAACACACUAUAUUUUGCUCUCAUUCAGCUUCAAAUGCCAAAGUGAUCAGUGUCUGGUAGUGUAUUAGUGUUGUAGUUUUUCUAAUCAUUUUUUUAUAACGGUACAGUAUACUGCUCUGUACAACAAAGCACAUAUCUGUAUGCUCAAUGUUUAAUCUAAACUUAUGUCUUUUCACUAGUUAUCGUUUUACUGAUGCACCUCACUGUUCUGUUCAUCUUGUGUAUUACAUGUGUGGGAAAGUAAAAUCUCUCCUUCUGUA